AUGGCUCAUCGGCUGCCUGCCUCAUACUUUGACUGGCCAUCGCCAGCCACAGAACCAACAACAAAGGCUUCAAAGCACACUUCCCUCGAUCUGUCGGGUAGUGUCUUUCUCAUUUCCUCUGCCGGCAAUGUUCUACGACUGCCCAUCCCGAGCGAUUCGCCGCAUGAUCCUCUUGCCUGGAGCUGGCCUCGGCGGAUCGUGGCGUUUUGCUGCUUGCAACUCUUUUCCAUUGUUGCCUCUUUUGAAGUCAAUAUACCAGGGACUCUGAUGCCUGCUUUCCACGCCGAGUUCGCCAAGGAUGUCCCAGCACCUCUUAGUAUUAGUUCAUUGUCGUCAGCCCUGACGCUCGGCGUCGGUAUAGGCUACCUCGUCAAUAUUCCCCUCGCCACGGCCAUUGGUCGGCGGCCGGUCGUCAUCAUGUCGGCACUCAUUACGGCGAUAGCGACGCUCGCAGCUGGACUGGCGGGCAGUUUUUUGCAGUUACUCGUAGCCUUGGCUUUCCAAGGUUUUGCAGUGGGUGGCACUAUUGGCAUGUGUCUAGUAAUGAUCUUGGAUGCCACGUUCAUCCAUGAGAGGCCAUAUGCCCUGUCACUUUACUGGUCUAUUGGCUCGGUGAUUAUCAAGCUGCUGACCCUACCAAUGCCUUACAUCACGUCGCUAGCCACAGAAUGGCGGACUGUGUACCAGGUCUGGUUCGCCGUCUCGUUGGUCUCGCUCGUCUUCUUGGUCUCUUUCGUUCCCGAGACUUUUUACAUUCGGCCCCCUGUGGCCUUUGACGGGCGCGUUCUGGUGCAGAGCAGCACCGAAAAGGUUCGCAUCUACGACGAGUGGGACGGGGUACCCGAAGACCAACAAGAAGUCGCCUCCAUGUCGGAACAACGAAACAAUAAGAGCCAGCCAUGGGCCGACCGCUUCAAGGUACUCCGGGCGCAGGGAACCAAGUGGUCGUCGAUGAGGACAACGUAUGCCCAGAUGCCCUUUUGCUUCAUCAACCCGCUCAUCUUUUGGGUCUCGCUGCUCAAUGCCUGCCUGCUCGGCGCCAUCAUCUUCCUCAACCUCCUCCAGCCCACGGCGCUGCUCGCGAGCGUCGCCGCAGCCCUCGACGGCCCGUCGAUCAACCUCAACCUCGGCAUCAGCGGAGCCGUCGGCGCCCUGCUGGCGCUGCCCUUUUCGGGCCCGCUCACGGCCUGGCUGACGCGCCACCUCUCGCUGCGCACCGGCGGCGUCCGCCACGCCGAGGUCUACCUCCCCGGGUUCGCCAUCCCGACCAUCGCGGGCUGCCUGAGCGUGGGCCUGGCGUGCGCGGCCGUGGACCGCAGCUGGCCGGCCGCGUGGCAGUACGCGGCCUCGAUGCUGAGCAUGAUGAGCUACAACACGGGCAACGUGGCCAUUGUGCUGUGGAUGACCGAGGCGUUCCCGCGCUGGGCGUCGGCCGCCCUGGCCGUUGUGCUCUUCACUGGCAACAUGGUGGCCUUUGUCAUUGGGCUCACCCUUUCCCCCUGGAUUGUGGGCCAGAGCAUCAUCCCCCAGGGCGCCGUUCUGAUAGGACUCAUUGCUGGCGUGGGCCUCAUUGCCUUGCCCGUCGCCUUUUGGGGAAAGUCGGUACGACAGUACAUACAAUGCCGCUGGAGUUCCUCCGAGAGUGGUGCACUGCGCCCUCAAUAA